AUGUCAGUAGAGUGCAAAAGUCAGCUGGGAUUUUGUCGCCCGCUUACAUCAAUGGUGAAAGUGUCCCUUUUUCUUUACAAUCCACACAAGGGCCCAAUUGUAUUUAAAAUUAAGACAACAGCACCUAGACAAUAUUGCGUCCGACCAAAUUCUGGCCGUAUCGAAGCAGGUCAAGAAAUAGAAGUUUUAGUAUUGUUUCAAGCAUUAAAAGAAGAGCCUCCUCUUGAUUUUAAAUGCAGAGACAAAUUCCUUAUUCAAUCAAUUGCUCUUACAAAUAAAGAUGUUACAGACACACAAAGUCUGCUUUUGUUAUUUGAUUCAGCUUCAAAAGAAGAUAUUCAUGAAAAAAAGAUUAAAUGUGUUUUUCUUACGCCUGAAGAAGAUAAUACAACACAGCAUACUCUGGAAAAAUCUUUUAAUGACAAUGAAAAAUAUAGCUCUAUUCGAUCUCCAGAAAACCAUAAUUAUAGCGCAGAUUCGGCAAUAACCAAACCCAUACUUGAUUCUAACCAAUUGCCAUUUAACAGCGAUGCAUCAGUUAACCGAACAUCGGAGAAUUCAGUAUCAAACGAAAAUCUUGCUAUUCAAUUGGUCGAGGCUAAAACAACAAUAAAAAAACUCAAGGACCAAUUAAAAGAAACGGAACAACGCUAUCGAGUUAUAAAUAAACCCGAAAAACAAGAUCAUCCUUUUUCGGAUAAAAUGAUGAUUGCAACAGGACCGUAA